AUGUUUGCCGUCGUGCCCAAGCAUUUCGUCGCACUGCUCCUCGCUAGCGUAGUAGGCGCAGACUACAAUCUCACUUACUUGGAUAUCUUUUGGUUUGCGGCCCCGACAAUCACGUUGGUCUCAUCCAACAGCAUAGCGACAACUUAUUCGUACCAAUGUGACGCAACAAUUACACUGUCAUCCACUUCCACACCUACUCCGACCGAAACCUUUGACACUGGCCCACCGCCACAAAGUUGGAUCCUCCCGACCGAUUACACGGAACACCCAUUCAACACUCCGACAAGUCGCGCUCCCUGCAUCCCAUUUACCAUGUUCCAAGGCCCAGAAACCUUUGGUUUCCGCCUGACGGACAAGGAGGAAGGCUUCAUUACUCUCAACGGCGAUUGCAGCUGGACAGGCGUAUUCACAGACGUACCUGUCACGUGCGAUGGUGAAGAAACCGGCGCAGAAUACACCACGGGGUAUUCGAGUGGCAGACCAUCGGUGUUUGCACAGAGUGACUUAAGGAGUAGGACGUGGCGUGAGGCUUAUGGAUAUGCUGUUGCGACUGUGGUGGAGAAGACGGGGGCGGCGAGUACGCCAAGUGAAGGAGUUGGAGGUCGUGUGGCGCUUCCGGUGGGGGUUGUGGUAAUGGCUGGGGAUUCCGACAAAUCCACAUGCUUUGCCACAUGCUGCGGUAAAGUGUAUUUCUCGUCUGGUACUACACGACUGCACGAGAUUAGAAGAUCUUUACAUGUGAUUAUUUAUCUCCGCUACCUUCCCAAGCUGAAUUUGGAUGAACAUGAAGGUAAUUCCAUUGACAUGAGAGAUUAA